CGCCGGUUUCCACUUCCUGGUUGUAGCUCGUCAGCUGCUGCUCAGCGAACAUGUUGAUUUUAAUGACUUUAUUCUCGUCGUUUCUGUUCGUGAGCAGCUCGAACAUCGAGGAUAAUGUGGGAAACUUCUUCAGCAGCGGACACACGAACAACUGGGCUGUUCUGGUGUGCACGUCCAGAUUCUGGUUUAAUUACCGUCAUGUGGCCAAUACUCUGUCUGUGUACCGGAGUGUGAAGAGGCUGGGGAUCCCUGACAGCCACAUAGUUCUGAUGCUGGCUGAUGACAUGGCCUGUAACCAUAGAAACCCCAAACCUGCCACAGUGUUCAGCCACAAGAACAUGGAGCUGAAUGUGUAUGGGGACGAUGUGGAGGUGGAUUACAGAGGAUACGAGGUAACGGUGGAGAACUUCCUGCGAGUUUUGACUGGAAGGCUUCCACCCAGCACUCCUCGCUCCAAGCGCCUGCUCUCGGACGAUCGAAGCAACAUCCUCAUAUACCUGACAGGCCAUGGCGGGAAUGGUUUUCUGAAGUUCCAGGACUCUGAGGAGAUUAGUAACGUGGAACUGGCUGAUGCUUUUCAGCAGAUGUGGCAGAAACGAAGGUACAAUGAGCUGCUCUUCAUCAUCGACACUUGUCAGGGAGCCUCCAUGUACGAGAGAUUCUACACCCCCAACCUCAUGGCUCUGGCCAGCAGUCAAGUGGGAGAAGACUCCCUGUCGCAUCAGCCAGAUUUGGCCAUCGGAGUCCACUUGAUGGACCGUUACACCUUCUACCUGCUGGAGUUCCUGGAAGACAUUCAUCCUGCCAGCAAAACCAACAUGAAUGACCUGUUCAAGGUGUGUCCCAAGAGCCACUGUGUGUCCACUCCAGGCCACCGUACCGACCUGUUCCUGAGGGACCCGGGCAGCGUCCUCGUCACAGAUUUCUUCGGUAGCGUGCGCAAAGUGGAGAUCACCAUGGAAACCAUCAACCUGACCAGUCCCAUCCAGCAAACAGAGGAGAAGAGUGCUGCGUACGGAGAGCAGCAGAAAGAGACGUACUCGUACUCGGACCAGCUUCCGGUGUCUGAGAUCAUCCAUCAGAAAGCAAAGCAGAAAGACUGGCAUCCUCCUGACGGCUUCAUCCUGGGCCUGUGGACUCUGAUCCUCCUGGUGUUCUUCAAGACGUACGGGAUGAAACACCUCAAACACAUCUUCUGAGGCCUUCGGGGGGCGUGUCCUCUGCGGGGGG